AAUUGCAAUACUAGAUUCUUAUACAAAAUUAUUUAAAUUUUCCGUCAAUCUCAAUAUAAUUAAUAACGUUAAUGGUUUCUCCUGAAUUAAAAAAUCCCGCACAGUUCGACAAUGCCUUGCGCUGUACGCAACGAACUAACGACAUUUGAAUGAAAACAACCAAUUUAUAGGUUGUAAAAUGCAGUCUGCGCAUUUAGUCAUGCGCGAGUUACAGGAACCUGUACGAAUCCGUCAACCGAAGCUGAAGCGCAUUAAACAACAUGGCGGAAUGAAAAGCAUUCCCCGGUCGUGUUUUUCUUCCCAUCGUCAAUGUUUUCCCAGUUUUGUGUACACAUUUGAGAAUCGAAUUACGAGCGCGCCUCCGUCAGGAUGAGUUUCUCUAGCGACGAGGUAAAUUUCCUCGUCUACAGAUACCUCCAGGAGUCAGGAUUCCAGCACUCCGCAUACACUUUCGGUAUUGAGUCGCACAUUUCGCAAUCUAACAUAAAUGGUGCUCUGGUUCCACCGGCGGCCCUUUUGAACAUUCUGCAAAAAGGGCUUCAGUACACAGAAGCUGAGAUAAGCUUAGCUGAUGAUGGAACAGAGCAGAGGAUUGUAGAGAGCUUGAGUCUAAUUGAUGCUGUGAUGCCUGAUGUGGUGGCAAGCAGGCAAAAUCAACAAAAUGCACAGAAACAAGCCAUCAAGAGUGAAGUUACAGACACCAAUGGGGAGGAAGCUGUGGUUUCAACACAGAAUGAAGUUAUGGAGGUGGAUAACUCAAAUGAAAUUCCUUCUUCCAAGGCUACAGUACUCAGGGGGCAUGAGAGUGAAGUUUUCAUUUGUGCCUGGAAUCCAACCACAGAUCUAUUGGCCAGUGGUUCAGGGGACAGUACAGCAAGACUUUGGGAUAUGUCUGAUAACUCUGCCAGUCCUAAUCAGCUAAUUCUGAGGCAUUGUAUUCAGAGAGGUGGCACUGAAGUGCCAAGCAACAAAGAUGUCACAUCAUUGGACUGGAAUUGUGAUGGCACAUACUUGGCAACGGGCAGCUACGAUGGUUAUGCACGAAUCUGGCAUACAGACGGACGACUUGCACGAACUCUCGGCCAACACAAGGGCCCAAUCUUUGCACUGAAGUGGAACAAACGCGGCAACUACAUCCUCUCCGCCGGUGUUGACAAGACCACCAUAAUAUGGGACGCUGCCAGUGGGCAGUGCACUCAGCAGUUUAGUUUCCACUCGGCGCCAGCACUUGAUGUCGACUGGCAAACAAAUACGAGCUUCGCCAGUUGCUCGACUGACCAGUGCAUCCACGUCUGCAAGUUGACCGUCGAUAAACCAAUCAAGUCCUUCCAGGGUCACACCAACGAGGUGAACGCCAUCAAAUGGGAUCCACAGGGUAACCUGCUCGCAUCCUGCUCCGACGACAUGACGCUCAAGAUUUGGUCGAUGAACCAAACCACAUGCGUGCACGAUCUUGCUGCGCACGCUAAAGAAAUCUACACGAUCAAAUGGUCCCCAACGGGCCCCGGCACAUCCAAUCCGAAUAUGAACCUCAUCCUCGCGUCAGCCAGUUUCGACUCCACAGUACGACUCUGGGAUGUUGAGCGCGGUGCAUGCAUACACACCCUGCUAAAACAUACCGAACCCGUAUAUUCGGUGGCGUUCAGUCCUGAUGGUAAAUUCCUCGCCAGUGGAAGCUUCGAUAAAUGUGUGCACAUCUGGUCGACGCAAAGCGGUCAAUUGGUGCACAGCUACAAAGGCACAGGCGGUAUCUUUGAGGUGUGCUGGAAUAGCCGCGGGGACAAAGUGGGCGCUAGCGCGUCUGAUGGCAGCGUGUUUGUACUCGACUUGCGCAAGUUAUAAACAUUUACGGGUGCGAUAUUGAACACGGAACGAAUUUGUAUUAAGACUUAUAACUAUUACGCGAAGACAUAUUUUCUUACUCAAUUUCUAGGUCUAGGACGGCGGUACACAUUUCCUUACUUGUAGUUAUUUUAUGACGUUGUGUACAAUGUACAUUUUAUUAUACAUAUUUAUAUUAAAAUCAGAGAAGAUUAAGCAUUAACAUUAAAACGUCUUGUUAAAGCA